AUGGAAACCUUCGCAAUAUGCGGCAUCGACCACACGACGACCACCGAUGACGACGAAGAGCACGCGCAAGUUAUUGUGGACGUAGCUGUGAUAGCCGCCGACGCGGCGGUCGACGCCCCGUGGGAGCGCUGCGUUGGAGAGACGAACAUCGGCUUAGGGCUGCGGCGCGUCGGCAUCGCGGUGCGCAAAGCGGCUAGGACGGACGCGCCCGCGUACGUCGUCGACGCACGUAUAUCUGCGACGCGGCCCGGCAAUGACCGCGGCUGGACGGCCUGCGCCCAGCUAAAUGGAGCGAACCCGUCUUUAUCAUCGGGAGGAUUGACCGGGUCGCUGCGCGCGCCUUUGUUGCUCUGGCGCCGCGUCGCCGCGCCCAGCGACCGCGCCGCACCUUUGGUAGCGUUACGUCUGACGACCGGCACUCCACAAAAGCCCUGGGCGCCUUUAUCAAUACCUACCACUACAAAUUUCCCGCGGACCACUGCCCUAUUCGACAGACGGGGCCAGGCCCGUUUGUAUGGAGUCCGCGCGCCACCGAUGAAAGCUCCUCCACAAAUACUAGCGAGUUGGGGCCGGCCGCCGCCCAGAUUGGCCGACCUCGUUUUUGAUGAUGACGCCUCUGUGAAGAGGAAGCCGCGCGAUUCAUUGACUUUCGAGGAGUUUUCCUUCAGCCUCACGGACGCAACGGGUGCGAUAACCUUCGUGAGCUGCGUGCGCUUCGACGCGCCCCUCUCCAAUCAACAGGGCGCGGAGAUACGCUGCGAGCCCGUGGCGUUCUGCCUCUUGUAUCGUAGAUCAGACGCGCGCGCGGCGAUGCGCACGGCGUGCGUCGAGCUCUACCGCCUCUACUUGUCGAAGCACCCUAGAGCGUUCCGCGUCCUGCUCGCGACACUGGCACAUUUGCCUUUGCCUUCACCUGAUGAGCGCGUCGACCUGCGUAUUAGUUUUGUCGAUGAAGAUGGAUCAAUGGCGCCGUUGCGGGAGAUUUCUGUAAGGUCGUCUCGGUUAUUACGGGCGGGCCUGCGGUCCGUGGAUGAUGCGCAGGCGUGGCGCGCGUUUCUUUCUUCGUUAGCACCCGACAACUUGGUGAGAGUUGUGGAACUCGCGUUACUGGAAAGACCGCUACUCGUGUGUGCGUCGUCGACCCCGAGCUGGUUCCUCGAUUGUUUGAGAGCGGUCUUGUACCCGCUGCACUGGGCCCUGCCUUGCGUGGAUCGCGUGCCGCGCGACAUCGGCCACGACCUCGUGAGCGGCGUCGUGCCCCUGCUCGCCGCGUGCCGCCUGGGGCCGGGGGCGGCGCCGGCGCGGAAUCGGUGCUUUAGUGAACCCGUAGAUCACUCGGUCGUCGUCGUGGACCUCGACUCAAAAGAAAUCGAUUUUGGCCUCAAGCUCCACGCGUCGGCGCCGCGUAUCUCCCAAAUGCACCGGCGGCGCUGCUGCGGCGCGCUGCGCGUGAUUGGCGACAUUGACGGCGAGGGCGUGGCGAUCCGCGACGUCUUCGCGCAACUGGUCGCUUCCGUCCUCGAGGGCCACCGGGCGUGCCUCAACCUCCAGAAGCGGGACACGCGGCGCCUGAGUGUGAGUGAUAUCAUCGACGCGAAACGCUUCUCGCGAGGGGACCCGUUCCGCUGCGAACUGGGCGAGACCCAGGCCUUCGCCGAAUUUGUCAGAAGGGCGGUGGAGCCCGACGUGGACGACGGUGCCGUCGACGUCACCGUAGGUGGCCUCGCGGCGCAGCUGCGGGCCCGCGACGAGACGACCAUAGAGUGUUCGGCGGCCGUGACGCUGCCCUGCGUCGCCUCGACGGAAGAGACGAACUGGGCUUCCCUAGUUGGAGACGCUUCAGAACGCGUCGACUUUGAGGAUUUGAGGAUGCGCAUUCAGACGGCCUCGGCGUCGGACGCGGCGACGCCGGCCGAGCGCUACCGGCGCGACGCCCUCGCGGCGGCGGGGCGGUCUCAGUUAAAUCUAGAUGCAGACCCGGCCCGAGGCGCCGUCCGCGACGUGGCCGAGCUCCAUUUUUUAACUUUGCCGCGGUUUGUCAGGCGACGCCGCACGGCCGCGCAGAUGGCCUGGGGGCUGCUGCGGGCGCUGGGGCUGCUCCGGCACCUGCUCGCGAACAGGUUGGUCCCGAGCGAGGCCGCCUGGCGCGCCUUGUUGCUCGCCGCGGGCCAAAUCAAGGCGACAGCCACCGACUUAACGGUGCGGGAGUUCGCCCGGGACGUCGCGCGGGCGCUCUUCCGCGAGAUGCAAGCAUGGGACAUAAAAAUAGGGCCCCAGACCUUCGCGCUCUGGUCGUUAGCGGUAGCGGGAGACGAAGACGCAGGAUACGCCACGGAGGACGAUGAAUUAGCGGCGCCGCGGUUGUUUGCCCGCUCCGCGACCUGGUCGGCCGAGGACGCUGGUAAUGAAUGUCCGUGGCUCUGGGACGCGGGCGCGCAAUUUUGUCAGGAGCGAGGCGUGUCCACGGCGGACCUUGGGGUGCUCUGCGCCAAGGAUGACGACGCCUGUUACGCGCCGGGCGACGCGUUCUUUGGGCGGGGCGGCUCACCGCCGACGCCGAAGUUACCAGAAGCGUCGGAGCGGCGCAUUGUGCUCAAGCCGGGGGCCGUCGGUUGUGAAGCUUGCGGGGCAAGAGCGCCCGAGCCGGCCGUGCUGGCGGCGGUGCUCCACGGCUGCCUCGGGCAGUCGGCGUGUGCCAAAUGUGGUGCAUCUGGAGAUGGAGUGAAACCGACGCUCGUCGUCCUCGACAGUGUGAUCGGGCCCCAGGUCGUGGCCUACCUCGCGCCGCGGGCGAUACGCCUGGACGUGGACGCGCGCAUCCGGCGCCACGGCGAGGCGUCGCUCGCGGCGGCGCGCGUGGUUGCGGACGCGCCGGACGUCUUUUAUAGUGCCUUGUGGUGGUCCGCGCGGCUCCGCCUGCCGCCGCCGUUCCGGGGCCGCGGCGACCACGCGCUGCACCUGGCGCUCCAGUCGUCGUCCGGCGACGUUGGGAAGGACGACCGGCUGGCGGGGGCGCGCGAUGCGUUCGGGACGCUGCCGCGGUCGGGGCUGGAGGUGUGGCUGCCGGCGUUUUAG